AUGGAGGCGCUACUCCCCGCGGGCGGCUUCCAGCUGCCUUUUCAGCGCCGCCUUUCCCGCCUUUACAACGACACCAAAAAGUCGAGCGACUUUGUCCAGGCGCCCGUACCCCGCGAGAAGCAGCAGGACCCCGACGUCACCGGCCUGCACCGCAAGCUGCGCAUCCAAAAGGACCGCCUCGUCAGCUGGGGUCUCGAGUGGUCCGACCCCGCCGCGCAGGCCGCCGAGAUUGACGAGUCGCUGUCGCGCGCCGGCCUGAGCGAGGUUGUCGGCAGCAUCAUGUCCACCAUCAAGGACAUUCUCGCCGAGGCCGAGCAGCUCUGGCUUAGCGGCGGCGGCAGCGGCGGCAGUGCAGGCGGCGCGGACAAAAAGGAAAAGAUGGUGCAGUGGGAUCGCGCCCGCUUCGAGGACUUGGUGAAUGACUUUACCGCGUCUGUCGAUACGCUGUACGAUCUCUCGAGGACGCGCGGCGCGGCGAUGAGGAGAGUCUCCAAGGGUGGACUGCACAAGGGCCCCGGCGUUGAGGAAUAUAGAGCGUUCGAGUCGACGCGCAUGAAGACGCCCCAGGUCAUUGACCCCACGCAACUCACAGAGAUUCUGCCCGCCAGAGAUCUGCCUGCCAACGUGGCUUCGCAGCGCGCCGUCGUGCUCAUGAGCAAGACGGCAUAUUCAGAGAUGGCACAGGGCCGCACGCGUCAGCCGUGGGGUCCGCUGCUACUGGAGUUCGCCACGUUUGACCCCAUCUACUCGACUACGGGCAUCAUGCCGCCCAUGGCGCGUUUCGAGAAGCUGUCGGCCGGUCUGCAGCAAGACUCGCAGCGCGCUCCAGGGGCGUGGUCCGGUCUGCCGCGUUUGCUGGGCUACUUUGAGGACAUGGAGAACUCGAGGUUUGGGCUGGUCUAUCGCUUCCCGUCGCCCUUUGACUCGGCCAUCAUUGAGGGCUACAAGAAGAGCUCGUCGCACGAGAUUUCGACGCUGCGCACGCUGCUUGCGUCCUCGACCAUGGAGCCGCCGCUGGAAGCUAAAUUUCGCCUCGCAUACAACCUUGCUAAUACAGUCUUUGACAUGCACGCUCGCGGCGUGACGCACGGCAAGCUCACGGAAGAUAAUAUCUCGUUCUGCAACAAAGCCAACACGGACGGCGAACCGCCCAAUGCAGUUGUUGACGUGCGCCGGCCGCUCGUCUCGUCGUUUGACAUCUUUUCGGAAGACAAAACUGAAGACACGCUGCAUCACCCGCUGGACCCCCGCUAUUUGCCUAAGUCGCCGCUGGCUAAGAAUACAGAUGAGCGGGUGCUGGAGCUGUAUGCGCUGUCUAUGAUGCUACUUUCUAUUGGUCUCUGGACCAGCAUCGAGACACUGCCUGCUGAUGCUAGCGGAGUCGCGUUUACAUCCGCCAUGGAACGACUCAAGGUCAAGUGUGGCGGCUUGUACACCAAGGCGGUGCAUGCGUGCUGGGAGGCUGUCGACCUGGAGAUUGCUGGCGAGGCCACGGGCGAGACGCUGCUGUCGCAGGUGCAGAUGCGCGUCAGCCGGUUCCUCGAGACGUGCUGCAUUCUCGAUGGCGUCAGUGGCUUGGAGCAAAGGCUAAAUACAGAUACUCAAGAGGAGGCGCAGCGUGAGGCGCUUCGGCAGGCCGAGCCGAGUGAUUUCAAAACCAAAUCUCUUCAUUCUCUAUCGCAGGCGCAGACGUUCGUGGGCUCUGAGGGUAUCAUGGACCCUGUCAGCGAACAUGUGCCGCAGCCGCAGCCGCAGUCUACAGCCAAGGAACCGAAGCUCAAGCUAUACACGCAGGUGCCGCUGCCCACCGAGGCGGUCGAGAAGUGGAACACGAUUCUCAUGCCGCAAAUUAACCAGGCUCUUCGCCACUUUUACCGCAAGCACCCUGAAUCUGUGGAAAUCUCGCUCGAAUCCAUCGGCCUCAGCCCGCAGCAGACGGAGCCCACGGUGCUCGUCGUCUGCUCGUCCGUCGGCAAGGUGCGCGCCAUUCUCAAGAAGCGUGUCGGGGACCUCUUUGACGGAUCUACGGGAUUUGCCUUCAAAGUGUGCCGUGGUCACGUUGUCCGAUCCCGCCACGUUACCGACUCGGUGCAUCGCUCCAUGGCCACGGACGACGACGAGGUCGAGGCCGUGAACCCCAAGUAUCAAGAACGUCCGGGAAACGGUGCUAGCAUUGGUGCCUGGAUCGGGGAUCGCCAUCUGCCGCCUGUGAGCUUUGGUGGGCUGGUGACUGUUGACGGCAAGACGUACGGCAUGACGGUGCAUCACAUGCUCGACGACCCGGACCGUGACUUUAGCGCCCAGGAGACUCGCCGCAGCGCAGCGAUCCCAGCCACCUACAGCUCGUCGCAACUCGACAGCAUGGAUGAGGAAGAGGACGACGACGGCUACGAGCUAUCGGACACGGAAUCGGAACCGUACUCUGACACGGACAUUACGAGUGAAUACGGCGACGAGAGCGAAGAAGAGGAGGAGGAGGAGGAGGAGCCUGGCGACAUUCCCGGCAUUGAACCCGGCUGCGGCGACGGAUAUGUGGUCACGCAGCCGGCGCUAGACGAUGUCGAGGAGGGCUUUUACCCAUGCCCCGAGACGGAGGACGAAGACCACCUCGACACGUUUAGCCUCGGCCCCGUGUAUGCGUCGAGCGGCAUACGGCGCCGGCGCGACAAUGGCCUCGUGCACGAAGUCGACUGGGCGCUGUUUGAGUUUGGGCACGACCGCCUGCCGGCGGACAACCAGAUGCUCACGGCCGCCGCCAGGCCGCUGCAGCCAACUGUGCUCGCGCCGUCCUCAGCCCUUCCCGGCAAGGAGGUGCAGUGCGUGGCGCGCACGAGCGGCCUGCAAAAGGGGCGCAUCCUACCCGCGCUUUGUAGCGUCAAGAUAUACGGACGUGUCUCCCCGAGCCACACGUACCAGGUCGCGAGUCCGGAUGACGCAGCGGCGAAGCACGCCAUGGGAAUUCCCGGCGACAGCGGCGCGUGGAUCACGGGCGCGCACGACGGGACGCUCUGCGGACACGUUCUGGCGUGGAGCCAGCGGAAGAGGGUCGCGUAUAUCUGCCCUAUGGAUGUGCUGAUGUUGGACAUUGCGCAGACGCUGAAUGCUACAGAGGUGAAGCUACCGGGUGGGGAGCCAGUGGUGGUGCUGGAGGACGAAGCCGAUAGCUGUGCGUGGAAUGGUGUGGAUGAGGGGGCAGAAGAAGAGGAGGAGGCGCCGGCCCUGGUGCAGGAAGUGGCGAGGGUAUCGCCGGUGAUGGACAUGGGGAGGCUAACGAGGGGUUUGGCGGAGUUGAAUAUGGGCGUGGCUGUGAAGCAGGGGAUCGAUGUGAGUAGUUGA